AUGCCUUGCCAUCUUUGUUUUGCAACGUUAGAAGUUGAAGCACGUAAUGGAUUUUCAUGUUCAAUGGAAGUGAAAGCAGAUCAUUUUUCGACAGCAGAUGGGAUAAGCUACCUUGAAGCCAAGCAUUUGCUACUUCUAAAUUAUUGCCAGUCAUUGGUCUAUUAUUUGCUCCGCAAGGCAAAAGGGUUCUCAAUUGAGGGACAUCCUGUUGUUCAGAGCCUUGUAGAGAUCAGAUUGUUUUUGGAGAAAAUUCGGCCAAUUGACAAGAAAUUACAAUACCAAAUUCAGAAGCUCACAAGGGUUACAGGAAGUGCAGCAGAUAAAGGAGGCUUGAGUGAUAAAGAAGGUGAUUCAACUCAAAAGACAGAGGACUUGUUGAAGUACCGUCCAAACCCAGAUUUGCUUGUUAGCAAAGCAAAUACGACUUCUGAGGAUGCGGGUGUGUAUCGGCCCCCGAAAUUUGCACCUGCUUCUAUGGAAGAAGAUAAGAUGUCAAGACAUGAGAAAAAUGCUUUAAGAAAGGAGAAAGAGACUCUCCGACAAGCUAGGCAGAGCGCAUAUGUGAGAGAAUUAAUGGAUGAUCUCGAGGGAAGGCCUGAAGAGGUGAGGGAAAUUGUUGGAACUGAAAGUAGAGAACUUACUAAGUACAUGGCAAAGAUGGAAGAGCGUACACAGAGAGAAGAGGAGCUCUUUAUUCGUGCUCCUCUUACGAAAUUGGAGAAAAAGAAAAUGAAACAUUUGAAGAAGUCACGAAAUGGAUUGCUUGGAUUGACAGAAAGUUUCUAUGAUGAGAUUAAAACUUUACCUUUGGAGGACAGCACUGGUGAGCAAAUAACAGGUUUAAAUAAUGCCAAUGGUGGAGUGACAAAGCUCAAGAAACGUAAGGGAAGGCAUUGA